AUUUGGUUUUAUUUGCCUAGUGGUAAGUGCACCUGCAUAUGUUGCUGUCACAUUAUAUGCACUUCUAUUAUUCUCCCUGCGCAUCCUCUUCAUUCUCAUUUCAUGUCAGCCUUCCAAGAGAUCAAGUGAACAAGGGCAAAACUCUGAAAAUCUAAAGAGAUCACGGAGCGCUAUAUGAUCAUAUGCAAGCAAUACUUUUAUGCGAUAAAAUGGAGCUUUAUGGUUAUUUUGAGGAGAAUUUCCAUCAUCUCAAGUACGGUCCAAAUAGUAUAAGCUCUGCCUCAGCUCAGUUCGCGACCUCUAGAGCUAUGGGAAUAUAUGAAGCAAACCACCACAACAGCAUAUGGGGAAACUCAUUUAAAGUUGACAGCGGUAUGAAUACAGGUGCACCUGCAGUAGUUGAAGCUAAUCCCAAACUUAACAAUAGGUUAGAAGAUAUUCCUUCGGAUGCUCUAGAACAAGUAGAACCAUCAAAAAGAUAUGACCAGGAAGCAAACAAGCCCGCAGAUAAGGUAUCACGUCGGCUUGCACAAAAUCGGGAGGCUGCACGGAAAAGUCGUUUGCGUAAAAAGGCUUAUGUUCAACAACUAGAAACUAGUCGCAUUAAACUGGCUCAAAUAGAGCAGGAGCUUGAGCGGGCUAGACAGCAGGGCGUAUAUGUAAGCACGCAUGCAGGAGAUUCGAGUCUCGGUUUGUCGGGAGCUGCUAACUCAGGGAUUGCUGCUUUUGAGAUGCAAUAUGGACACUGGGUCGAUAAACAGAACACUCAGAUUAGUGAACUAAGAGCAGCUUUACUAGCACAUGUAUCAGAAAUAGAGCUUCGAAUGCUUGUAGAAAGGGGAAUGGAGCACUAUGAUGAACUUUUCCAUAUCAAAGCCAUCGCUGCUAAGUCUGAUGUUUUCUAUCUCAUGUCGGGCAUGUGGAGAACAUCCGCUGAGAGGUUCUUUCUCUGGAUUGGAGGUUUCCGGCCUUCUGAGCUUCUAAAAAUUCUCAUUCCUCAGUUAGAACCUUUGACAGAGCAGCAGGUGGUUGCUGUCUGCAACCUGCAGCAGUCAUCUCGACAAGCUGAAGAUGCUUAUUCACAAGGCAUGGAUAAACUUCAACAAACUCUCACCGAGAGUCUAACAUCUGAACCCUUGGGAUCUGGUGUGGCAAAUUAUAUAGGUCAAAUGGCUAAUGCCAUGGGGAAUAUGGAAGCUUUCAUAAGCUUUGCUACUCAGGCAGACCAUCUUCGACAACAAACCCUGCAGCGAAUGUCGAAAAUUUUAACGACUCGACAAGCAGCAAGAGGCCUGCUUGCCUUGGGUGACUAUUGCCAGCGUCUCCGCGCCCUCAGCUCUGUAUGGGCUGCUCGGCCUAGAGAACCAGCUUAAACUUAAAUGCACUUGGCAAGUGAUAUAUACUGAUAUUAAGCCAUCAAUGGUGGUCACACAGGAUGAGAUGGGAGUUUUUUUUUGUAAAUAUUCUUGUUGCUUCAGGCUCUCUCUUGCAAAAACAUGUGAUUGUCAUCAUGGCCACCCAUUAGCUGUAAUUUUCAACAAGAUGCAUCCUAUUGUUUUUUUCGUCCUCUUGAGGCAAUUGUUUCUCAUUAUGGGCAGCUGGUGUUUCUUCCUUGCCUGAGGUGAUAAUAUUUGGAUGGUUGAGGCAUUGUAGCAAAUUAAAGAGAAAGAUCAUGUAUAACUAUAUUGUAUAUUAGAAAAAUCUCCCUUUCUGUGU